UUUGUAGUGUGCCAACUCUUUGCCUUGCUAGCAGCCAUUUGGUUUCGAACUUAUCUACGUUCAAGCAAAACUAGUUCUUUUAUAAGACAUGUAGUUGCUACCCUUUUGGGCCUUUAUCUUGCACUUUUUUGCUUUGGAUGGUAUGCCUUACAUUUUCUUGUACAAAGUGGAAUUUCCUACUGUAUCAUGAUCAUAAUAGGAGUGGAGAACAUGCACAAAUAUUGUUUUGUGUUUGCUUUGGGAUACCUCACAGUGUGCCAAAUUACUAGAGUCUAUAUCUUUGAUUAUGGACAAUAUUCGGCUGAUUUUUCAGGCCCAAUGAUGAUCAUUACUCAGAAGAUCACUAGUUUGGCUUACGAAAUUCAUGAUGGGAUGUUUCGAAAGGAUGAAGAACUGACUCCAUCACAGAGGGGUUUAGCUGUAAGGCGCAUGCCAAGCCUACUGGAGUAUUUAAGUUAUACCUGUAACUUCAUGGGUAUCCUGGCAGGCCCACUCUGCUCUUACAAAGACUACAUUACUUUCAUUGAAGGCAGAUCAUAUCAUAUGACACAACCAGGAAAAAACGGAAAAGAAGAAACACAGUAUGAAAGAACAGAGCCAUCUCCAAAUAUUGCAGUUAUUCAGAAGCUUUUAGUCUGUGGACUUUCCUUACUGUUUCACUUGACUAUUUCUAAAACUUUACCUGUGGAGUACAACAUUGAUGAGCAUUUCCAAGCUACAGCUUCGUGGCUAACAAAGGUUACCUAUCUGUAUGUCUCUCUUUUGGCUGCCAGACCCAAAUACUAUUUUGCAUGGACAUUAGCUGAUGCUAUUAAUAAUGCUGCAGGCUUUGGUUUCAGAGGAUAUGACAAAAAUGGAGCAACUUGUUGGGACUUAAUUUCCAAUUUGAGAAUUCAGCAAAUAGAGAUGUCAACAAGUUUCAAGAUGUUUCUUGAUAACUGGAAUAUCCAGACAGCUCUUUGGCUCAAAAGGGUGUGUUAUGAACGAGCCUCCUUCAGUCCAACUAUCCAGACGUUCAUUCUCUCUGCCAUUUGGCAUGGGGUAUACCCAGGAUAUUAUCUAACGUUUCUAACAGGGGUGUUAAUGACAUUAGCAGCACGAGCUAUGAGAAAUAACUUUAGACAUUAUUUCAUCGAACCUCCCCAGCUUAAAUUAUUUUAUGAUGUAAUAACAUGGAUAGCCACUCAAAUAGCAAUAAGUUACACAGUUGUGCCAUUUGUACUUCUUUCUAUAAAACCAUCAUUUAUGUUUUACAGCUCCUGGUAUUAUUGCCUGCACAUUGCUGGUAUCCUAAUAUUAUUGUUGUUGCCGGUCAAAAAAACUCCAAGAGGAAAGAAUACACAUGAAAAUGUUCAGCUCUCACAAUCCAAAAAGUUUAGCGAAGGAGAAAAUUCUUUGGAACAGAACAGUUUUUCCACAACAAACAAUGUUUGCAAUCAGAAUCAAGAGAUAGCCUUCAGACAUUCUUCACUAAAGCUGUGAUAGGGAAAGGCUCUGGUGGCUAUUUUUUGUAUGUUAACAGAAACCAAUCUUAGUACCUUUUCUAGGGGUUUGUGUUUGUUUGGAAAGAGAUAACUGGGGGAAAAUGGGACAGUUAUAGAUAGGGAAUUUCCUGUACACUAGACUGGAAAUGGAGUGAAAUAUCCCUCCCAUGCCAUGUUCCUGUGGGCCACGCCUUAUAUAAAAAGAUUUCCAUAUUUCAGUGGGCACUCACAACCUCAGCAUACUUCCAUAGGGUCACGUGUGCCCUGUUGCUGAAUGUACGUUGCCAUAUCCCAAGGCACUGAAGAGGUGGAAAAAUAAUCAUGUCAAUCUGGAUGAUUGAGAGAAAUUAACUUUUCCAAUGAAUGUCUUGCCUUAAACCCUCUAUUUCCUAAGAUAUUGUUCCUAAAUGGUAUUUUCAAGUGUAAUAUUGUGAGAACACUAUUUCAGUAGUUGAUGUGGUAUGCUAUAAAGGAAUUUAGGAGGAAUUUGAAACAGAAUAUUUAAGAAUGUGGAUACUUUAAAAAAUGCAAUAAACAUCUCAGUAUUUGAAGGGU